CUUACAUUGUUUGACUUUUCAGUAAAAAUGCCGCGCCAAGCAGUGUCUCUGAACAACCUGCUUGAGUUGCAAAAUAAGAUAAAAAGGGAUCCUGUCGGUUAUCACGAAGAAUUUCUGCAAGCUCACAUUCAUUUCAAAAGCUCCCUGGACCUUUUUGAACUGGAGCCUAAUCAACCUCACAAAACUCUACAGCAGCUUGUACUAUUUAUUGCCUAUAUUACACCAUGCUACAAGGCAGAACUAGCGGAUACUCCAGUAUUGUUCAAAACACUUCUGUUAAGACACAAAACGAACAUGCAUCCUCAUCUGAGAAUGAGUUUCUGCAAAGCACUCACGUUUUACAGAAACCGCAAAAUCAUCACGUCACAGUUCGCUACUGAAGUAUAUUUCGAGUUGUGUACCUGUCAAGAUAAGCAACUUCGAAGUUCUAUUAAAAAAUUGAUUAAAGCUGAUAUCAAAAAUAUCAACAAAAACCACAAAGACAGGGCACUGAACAGUGAGUUGCAAAACAUUGUGUUUUCUAAGUUGAAGGUGCCGAAUGUCAGUGUUGCAAAAGUCGCUCUCAACGUUCUUGUAGAAAUGUUCAGAAAACGCAUUUGGACAGAAGAAAAAGUGGUUAACAGCAUUGCGAAUUGUUUGUUUUCAUCUCAUCCCGUCAUGUUGGUGAAAUCUUUGGCCUUUUUUGUAAAGCGAAAUGAUGCUGGCGAAAUUGAUAUACCAGAUAGUGACAGCGAACACGAUGACCUGGAAGAAAAGAAACAAAAACACGAGAAACGUCUCAAAAGUUUGCUACAAGCCAAUGUAAUCACAAAGAAAACAAAACGGAAAGCACGGAAAAUUGAACGAGCAAAACUCUUGAAAAAAGAGGAAAAGGAAAAUGUUUCUUCCUCAGUAAACAUGCCUGCACUGGAUCUGAUAUACGACCCUCAGUCGUUAGCUGAGAAGCUUUUGAAGUUUUUAUUAGGUUACAACGGUAAGUUCCACAUCAAAUUGAUGAUCAUGGACUUGAUUUCAAGAUUGAUUGGCAUGCAUCAAUUAAUGGUUCUAAACUUCUAUCCGUUCAUCCAGAGGUACCUUAACGCACAUCAACGUGACGUGACCAAGUGUCUUCUGUUUGCUGCGCAGGCUAUCCACGAGGUUGUUCCCAGCGAUGUGGUUGAGAAGCUAGUUCGAACUAUUUGCUACAAUUUCAUCACUGACCAGAAUGCCGACGAGGUUAUGGCCGUUGGACUCAAUACAGUCCGGGAAAUCAUUUCACGCUGUCCAAGUGCACUAAACGGGAACCAGGAAUUAGUGGACGAUCUAGUACAAUUCAAACGCCACAGAAACCGAGGAGUAGCCACAGCAUCACGAUCUAUCAUUCAGCUGCUUAAAGACAUCAAUCCGCAUUUGUUGAAAAGAAAGGAUAGAGGGAAGCCAAGUGAACAUAUGGCAGGCCUGUUGGAGUCGGAAAAACCGAUAAUUGCUGGAGCUGAGGUGUUGCUGCAAAGAGAGAUAGAGGAAGAUAAUGAGACGAGUGAUCAUGAAAAUGAAGACGACGAAGAGCAAUGGUCUGAUGUUGCUUCCGACGCCGAAGCUGAAAUGUGUGACAGUGACGACGCUGAUGAUACUGACGAAUGCGAAACGGAUGACGAAAGUGAAAAGGAAGGCGGUAUUUCUGAAGACCAAGGUGCUUCAGCAGAAGUUCAGAAAAAAUUGGACGAUGGUACGAUUAGAAUAGAAAGUUCCGAAGUAGAAACUACAGAAGAUCUGUUGAAGUCGAGAAUCCUGAUAGACGAAGAUUUCAAAAAGAUCAAAAUUGAAACAUUGCGUAAGAAAAUGCAGUUUGCAAGCAAAGCCAAGAAGCGGAAGAUGGAGCAAGCGAGCAAAAAAGGAGGAAAGAAAGUAAAAGUCGAUGAAGAAGUGCUAGAUAUCGGCUCAGAUGACUUAGAGAAUGAGUCGAGCGAAAGUGAAAAUGAGUUGCCAACUUAUGAAGCGAUUGCAAAAGUGAAUAUGAAGCGAAGACACGACAAGGAUUCAAAGAUGGCCUCUGUUUUGGCGGGAAGGGAAGGUCGUGAAAAGUUUGGUCGACCACAGAAAAGACAAAAUCCGCAUGCAAGCACGACAAACGUUGAAAAGGGCAGAGCGAAAAAUUUCAUGAUGCUACGUCACAAAACGAAAAACAAAAGCCGUACAAGAUCAUUUGUUGAAAGACAGCAGAAGCUGAGGAACUCGUUGAAAAGGAGGUAUCCCAAAUGAUAUAGUUAUUGGCUAAUAAAAUAUUUGAAGACCCUUAUCUUUAAACGGUGGGGUUGUUAAAUUGAAGCAAUGCAGUUGGUCUUA